CUCUUUCUCUUUGAAACUUCCCUCUCAGGUCUUCCUCCGCCGUUCCCUCCCUCCCUCCUCGCUCACUCGCCAGCUCCGGCAGGGCCGGACCACUGACACGCUCUGUGCUCCUGUCAGAGUGUGUGCGUGCGCGCUGGCGCCUCCACUGGGACGACCUCCUCAAACUGAAACUCAGAGCAGCCUUUGGGAGCGGUGGCUCUUUCGGCGCGUGAGAGAGGAGAGAGGCGCGACCCCCGCAGGCUCUGUGAUUUGACUGAGCAAACAGCCGGGCUCCGAGCCCUGCCUCCUCCAGCAGCCUCCCAGGACGGAGAUUAACCCCGGAGCGUGAGGAUCUGAGGGAUCUGUGCAUCUGAAGCAGCGCGGCCUGUAGAGAGCAGCUGGAAGCCGCUGCUCUGAUUUCAGGAGGAGGAGACGAGCGCUGGCCGGCAGCCUCCUCGGACGGAGACGGGAGAGUCGGCCGCAGCUCCGGGAUCGCUCUGAAGACUGAAGCUCUUGGACGGUUUCUACAAUGAAGAGGGUGACGUCAUUCCCGUUUCAUCUUACGGCCACAGUUACAGCUCUCCUGUGCCUCUGCUCCGCGUCGCGCUGCCUGGAGAUCACGCCCGGCACCGGGGCGUUCGUCCUGGCCGAGGGCUCCUCGCUCAGCCUCACCUGCUCGGGCUCGGGGGAGACAACCUGGCGGGUCAAGGCGGAGAGCGGCCCCGACGCCCAGGUGCAAAUUGAAACGAACGAAGACUAUCAAGUCGUUCGACGCGGCGCGACAGCGACCGUUCUGACGCUGAGCAACGCGAGCUGGGGACACACAGGGGUGUACGUGUGCACUGAUCUCCACACUGGGGAAACUAAGGAGGUGGCUGUGUUUGUCCCAGACCCUGAUGUGUGGUUCAUCGGGGGUUCAUCUUUCGGCAUGGUCAGUAAAACCACCAGUGAUGAGACCACCAUCCCCUGCUUGGUGACCGACCCCCGCAUCAACGUGUCCCUCUAUGAGAAGGACACCGACCUUCCUGUCAAGGGCCUGUACGUUCCCAGCGAGGGCUUUAAAGCAAAGGUGGAGGACAGGACCUACAUGUGCCGAGGAGAGCUCAACGGGGAGGUCCGCGACUCCGGGGAUUUCAUCGUCUUCAGCAUUUUUGCCCCAGAGACCGUUGACGCCUACAUCAACGCGUCAAGGACGGUCCUGAAGACGGGUGAACCCCUGACAGUCAACUGCACAGUGCACGGGGUGCAGCUGGUGAACUUUUCCUGGACUAUCCCCAACAGAGAGAUCAAUAUCGAGCCCCAGACAGACAACGUGGCCAAUCUGAACAUGCUCUCCAGCCUGAUGUUCCCCUUCACCACCGCUGCCCACAGCGGAAUCUACAUCUGCGACGUCCACGAGAGCGUCGAGGACCACAGAGCCUCCGCCAGCGUCAACAUCACCGUGCUCGAGCACGGUUUCGUAGAGGUGAAACCCUCUCACCUUCAGAACAUUUCAGCCAAGUUGCAAGAGAACGUGGAGCUGAGGGUGGAGAUAGAGGCCUACCCUCCCCCUCGGGUCAGCUGGAGCAAAGACGGCACCGCCAUCCGUGGAGACAGAACCAUCGUCACUAGACAGGAACAAGAAAUCAGGUACGUGACUAUUCUCACACUGGUGAGAGUGAGGACGGAGCAGAAGGGCCUCUACACUGUCUUCAUCGACAAUGGAGAUGCCUUUAAGGUAGUGACCUUUGACCUAGAGGUUCAAGUUCCCUCUCAGAUCAAAGAGCUGACCGACCACCACCUCCCAGGAAAAAGCCACGUGGUGACGUGUGCGGCCGAGGGGGUCCCGACCCCCACCAUAGAGUGGUACAGCUGCGACAGCAUGCUGAAGUGCAGCAACCAGACGGCGCUGUGGGCGCCGCUGGUGCCGGAGCCGCAGCAGCUGAGCAUCCAGACCAACGUCAGCUACAACCGCCUGCGCAAGACCAGCCUGGUGUGGAGCCAGGUGACCUUCCAGAAGCCCCAGCAGGUCACGGUUCGCUGCGAGACCAGCAACCAGGCCGGGCUGGUGGACAGACGAGACAUCAAGCUGGUGUCCAGCACUCUGUUCUCCCAGGUGGCGGUUCUGGCUGCGGUUCUAGCCUUAGUGGUCAUCGUCAUCAUAUCCUUCAUCAUCCUCAUCGCCGUGUGGAGGAAGAAACCCCGCUACGAGAUCCGAUGGAAGGUGAUCGAGUCUGUGAGCCAGGACGGGCACGAGUACAUCUACGUGGACCCCAUCCACCUGCCCUAUGACCUGGCCUGGGAGAUGCCCCGAGACCACCUGGUGCUGGGUCGCACUCUUGGAUCAGGAGCCUUCGGCAGGGUGGUCGAGGCCACUGCUUACGGCCUGACUCAUUCCCAGUCCAGCACAAAGGUGGCCGUGAAAAUGCUGAAAUCCACAGCCAGGAGGAGCGAGACUCAGGCCCUGAUGUCCGAGCUGAAGAUCAUGAGUCACCUGGGUCCUCACCUCAACAUUGUGAACUUGCUGGGCGCCUGCACCAAACACGGCCCUCUGUACCUGGUGACAGAGUACUGUCGCUAUGGCGACCUGGUGGACUACCUGCACAGGAACAAGCACACCUUCCUGCAGUACUACGCCGAGAAGAACCACGACGACGACUGCCUGAUCUCCAGAGGAAGCACGCCGCUCAGCCAGAGAAAAGGAUACGUGUCUUUUGGAAGCGAGAGCGACGGCGGAUACAUGGACAUGAGCAAAGACGAGCUGUCGGUCUACGUGCCCAUGCAGGAGCACACAGACUCCAUCAAGUACGCGGACAUCCAGCCGUCUCCGUACGAGUCGCCCUACCAGCAGGACAUCUACCACGAACAAGGUGGGGGCAGACUGGACCUGGUCAUCGGCGACUCCCCUGUUCUCACCUAUGAGGAUCUGUUGGGCUUCAGCUACCAAGUGGCCAAGGGGAUGGAGUUCCUGGCCUCCAAGAACUGUGUCCAUCGUGACCUCGCUGCGAGGAACGUGUUGAUCUGCGAGGGCAAACUGGUGAAGAUCUGUGACUUUGGGUUGGCCCGAGACAUCAUGCAUGACUCCAACUACAUCUCCAAAGGCAGCACCUUCCUGCCCCUGAAGUGGAUGGCACCAGAAAGUAUUUUCCAUAAUUUGUACACCACCCUGAGCGAUGUGUGGUCAUACGGCAUUCUUCUUUGGGAAAUUUUCACGCUGGGAGGAACCCCGUACCCAGAUCUGCCCAUGAACGAGCUCUUUUACAGCGCCUUGAAGAGAGGCUACCGAAUGGCCAAACCCGCCCACGCCUCAGAGGAAGUUUAUGAUAUCAUGAGGAAGUGCUGGGACGAGAAGUUCGAGAAGAGGCCCGAGUUCUCCUUUCUGGUGCACAGCGUGGGGAACAUGCUGACGGACAGCUAUAAAAAGAGAUACCACCAGGUCAGCGACAACUUCAUAAAGAGCGACCACCCGGCAGUGACCCGCACCAAACCCCAGCUCUCGUCGCCCUUCCCGGUCACCGGUCCGUCCUUUGGAUCCUCCUCCCCCAGUGCCUUCUCCUUCUCCUCUGAACUCUCCAGCCACAGCUCCAACCGCGGGGACUUCAGAACAGAGGCGGACACGCAGGAGGUCAUUCCGUCGUACAACGAGUACAUCAUUCCCAUCCCGGACCCCAAACCCGAGGAAGUGUUCACCGACGUGCCGUCAGAGAGCCCUGCAAGCUCUCUGGCUCCGGAGGAGGAGACGGACUCCAUGUCCCAGGACACGGCGGACACGCUUCCCGAGGAGGACAGGCUGGAGGAGACCAGCGAGAGGGACGCUCUGCUCGGCUCCUCCGGGACGCCCGAGGUGGAGGACAGCUUCCUGUAGCCGCGCGUGGGACCGCCGCGCGCUCUUUUCACUCGCAACGGGAACCUAACUGAAGUAGAAUGUAGCAAGAGUGAGAUGGAGGAGGCCUUCUGUGUAUUCCCACUAAGCACUCUGAAAGUGUAAAUCACACAGCGGUUCAUUAUUAAGCUCCCGUAAUGUUGACGGUACUCACACACCUCACUAGAAUCACACCACAACGAAUACACGGGACGUUGCUGUCCUUUCCAGAACGACACUAGUAAUGUGCAUCAUUAGCAUUAGGUACUAAAGCCUCACUCAUGGGAAGUGGGGGGUUGAAUUCCAUGUACAGUACAACUGUCGCUUUUCUGCCUUUUUGUCCGUCCACCACUAUUCUUAAGUUGAACCGUAUUUUGCAGCAUGUCACUGAGUCACUAAACUCACUCCACCAGGGAGCACGGCGGCCAUAUGUGAAUUAUGAAUUGUGUACUGAAUUCUGAAUGCUCAUCUAUUGUAGGCUUAACUCAUAGAUCUGUUUCAGUUUUGCACUUUUUUGUAGAAAAUGCUGAUAUAACACAAUAAAGAGAUACUGUAUAUUUACACAACGUUAUACAUAGAAAGCUACACAUGAUUAUGAUUAUUACAAACUUAUGUUAUAGAUAAGUGGCUGUUACAGAGGUCGCAGCAUGUGAAGACAAUAACUAUAGCAUAUCACUGCCUAAGCACAAGAUGGCACACGCGAGAGUCUGAGUGUGUAACUAUCAGACUGGUUGUGUGCUGUCACUUUGUUUAACAUUCAUUUCCACAGUUUUAUGUCCUGUAGCAUUUUGUUACACAUUUUAAACACUAUGGUACCAAAGCUCGUCUUAACGUUUACAAAUGUAUUUUUUUAUAUCUGUCAUUUUAUAUGUUGCAAAUGCGGCAAUAAAUGUGUAUUAUCGUAGAA